AUGAAUGACCAGAAUUCAAAAAUGCCGGAGCCUCGUAAAGUUGGUGUUUGGACAGAAGGUGCUCCAUUACAAACAAAAGAACUUAUAAUUCCAAAAAAAUCACCAGAAUCAUUUGAUGAUAUACCUACAUUACCUGACAUAGAUGAUUUUCAAGAUAUCCUAGAAAAGGAAUUAUCAAAGCCUCCAGUGACUGAGAGAAAGGAUACUGAAACAGCUAAUACUUUAGCUGAGGUCAGUGGCGGCAUUACAUCUUCAGUUGAAGGGAUUGAUGCAGCUUUAGAUGUUCUCAAAACAUAUAUUCCUCACGAUUCAGACUCACCAGACACUAUUUGGACCAUUGACUCUUUAUUAAUGCAACUCAAUGAAGAAAUUGAUGAUAACUAA